AGAAUGGAGGACAUGGAGUUUGACUUGUAAACACAAUCGAGCCGUUAGAAUCACCGACAACCCGAUCAGAGCUAACCGGCCCGGAGGCGCCCGGUGCGCCGACAAGCCGAAGGUGUACCAGGGCGUCCGGGUGAGGACCACCGUCAAGGAGCUGCUGCAGAGGCUCCGGGCCCGGGAGGACGGCAGCAGCGAGAUAUCACAGGCUUGCUCGGAUCUUCAGGAUCUCUGCGCGUCCACUUUUCCAGGUCGCCACGUGGCCCCUCCUCCCGCCGCGCGCGCCUUCCAGCUGGACGGCUCGUGCAGCAGCCAGAUGCCGGGCGGCACCUUCAACGACUUCCAGCAGCAGUUUGGGGACAUGGCGUUGCCCGGCAACGGCUACACUGGCGGCCACAACAACCACAACAACCACAACAACCACAACCCCGGCGGCCCCGGCUACACCGCCUGCCUGCCCCCGCUGCCCUGCUUCCAGGGACUCUCCUCUGACGCGGACUACUAUGGCCCCGGGAUGGUUCCUUGCUCCUCGCCAGAGCUGCUGACGCUCUGCAACCCGGCGGAUCACAGCAGCUACUCGCCGCAGGACUCUUUCUCCUCCUCCUCCUCCUCCUGCUACGACUCCCCCACCAGGAUGGAGUCCAGCUACCCCGGCGGCCUCCCCUCCGAGCACUUCCACUACCAGCACUGCGGCCUCCAGGACUGUUGGCCGGGCCAGCAGGAGAGCUUCUCGGCCCCCGAAUACGCACCUUACUUCCCCCCCACAGACUAUGCGUACGCCUGCCCCGUGGAGGGGGACUACUUCAGGAGGGACUCGCAGAUGAGCUUCGAGAUGUGUUACAAUGUUCUAUGAUGUCCAGCGUUGUUUCUGUAAAUACUUCUCGGCCCGCUUUGCAUCUCACGGCCGGCUUCCUGCUUUUGGGCGAAUGGACAUGAUGAAUGCUGAAUGGAUGGAGAGGCCCAUAUUUUUGUAUUAAUGACCACUUUUUUUUGUACUUCUAAGAUUUAUUUUCAUACGUUGCUGUACUGAAUAAAAAUGUGUUCAAAAGCG